ACUCUCUGGAAACAUGGCUGAACGACCAUCGAUAGCGGCUUGCUGUCAAAAUAAAAUAAGUUUUAUGAACGUGAAUGCCUUGUAAUCUUUUGAAUAUUAGCAUUAUGCAAGGCUUAGACCAUUAUAUCGAAUGAGUUUUGAUAAGUCAAACAAACGGAGCUAGGGAUUAAUAGCGCAAAGGUCGUUUACACCUUUGCGAGUGGCUUCGUGUCGCGUUCGCUGAACUCAAAGAAGGCGUCCGGCUAGACAGGAUGAGUGACGACAGCGAGGACUCGCCUCCGCGACCUAAACGUAAAAUUAAAAGAGUGACGAUUCUGUCAUCCUCCGAGUCCGAGAGCGACGACAGCGUCACUGCAGUCGGGACACGUCGAAACCGAAUGAGGGUAGUGAGCGACGAUGAGAUUGACAGCAGCGGUAGCGAGGUGGUGCGCACUCGUCGAGGACGGGCUCUGCCCAAAUUACGGGAUUCGGACAGCGAGGGUGCUGCAUGUCUCGCCGACGCUGUACCGAGGCCGACCUCAGGGUUCGCUUCCGACAGCUCAGAAGGCAACUCCGAAAAAUGUUCCAUUUGCCUUAUGCGGUUUACUGAUCAAGAAGUAGGAACCCCUCAAAGUUGUGAACAUAUAUUUUGUCUGGAUUGUAUUACUGAGUGGUCAAAAAAUGUGAAUACCUGUCCUGUGGAUCGGCUGACAUUUGACUCUAUUGUAGUGAGAGCUUGUGCCGGUGGACGUGUACUGCGCACUGAACAAGUGAAAGUUAUUGAAAGGAGACCUUCUGUAGACGUACUGGUGGUUGAAGACCCAACAGUGUGUGAGGUAUGUGGAAGGUCAGGAGAUGAAGAGUCAAUGUUAUUGUGUGACGGGUGUGACCUCGGAUACCACAUGCAGUGCCUUUCCCCCCCUUUAACUGAGGUCCCUAUAGAUCAGUGGUACUGUCCCAGCUGUAAUGACUUGAUUGAUGUAGUACACACUUCUGAGGUGGACGACCUCCUGUCAGAUGUGUUCGUAGAUAUGUAUAUGCCGAUUGGACCUCGUCCUUCACCACUUAGACAGCCUCGUAAUGUGAGGAGAUCAUCUAGACAGAGAUCAACAAUAGAAGGUCCAUCAAUAUCUUCAGAUACACAAGGCAAUGUGUUAAACUCAAAUGUCAUUCCCUCCACAUCACGAGGUUCACUAUCUAUUCAAAGCAGUAGUUCUCGAGGGUCAAGGACACGCAGAGUGACAACUUCUCGUCCAACAAGGCGUCGAAAAUAUAGAAGACAAAAAACAGUCAUAAUAGAAUAUGAAGAAGCUGAAAAUGGAAAAGUAGCAAUCAAAACAGUACAAAAGAAAGUCGCAAGAAAAAAGAUAAGGAAGCGAAAAACUCGCACGGCGGCCCGGCGCGCCCUGGUUCGGGAGAGUGUGCGCGUCCGGCUCGCCGCCCUCCGUCCCCCCAGCCUACCCCUCGCCCCAACCCGCCUCGCCCGCACCCUGCCCCGCCCCGCCCUGCGGCUGUUCGGGGACCCGCUGGAGCUAGACUACUUUUCGGACGAGGCGCCUGGCGACUCGGAGUCUGCCAGCACGGCCGUGGCUGCGAGAUCCACUUCCGCUCUGUUGAGCGCUCACAGGCAGGCAAGACGAAAGGCCGUUGGCAUUCCAUCCCCGCCUGUGGCUGCUUCCGCGCCGGAUCUCUUGUCGAGUAUAAUGGAGAGUCAAACACUGCUGCACGCCAAGAACUCAAUAAUGUCAGUCACCGGCGACGGCAAGCUCGAGAUAAAACUACGAUCACCGAUCGCCAGGCCUCGGGAGCAGCGCUCGGACCCGACGACGAAUGGGAGAGUCGACUUGACGAAGGGCGAGGAUUCUGCCAAGAAAGCACCCUCCUAUCCGGGUCAGCAUCGCAGUGGCGGCUGGGGAGGAGGUUACCGCGGUAACUAUCACCGGGAGCAGGGCCACACGGGGUUCGGGCGUGCAAGUUACGGGGGUGCGGGGUACGCGGGCGGCGGUCAACAGGCUCAAAAUCAGAAUUCCAACUUUGACGACCGACAGGGAAGCGCGUACCGUCCGAUGGACGCGUGGCGCGACGAGCCCCCCCUCCACGGAGACUACGGCAGGUGGCCCCCGCGACAUCCGCUCGCACACGACGUCCCCUCCGAUCGAAACCGCCGCAACUCGGACCGCGGUCCCCCACCACGCGCUCCGCCCCCCUGGCGACCCUACGUGCCGCCGCAUCCCUCGCGCCACUCCUUCGGGGGCUUUGACAACCCUCUAGACAUGCGCACGGCACCGCACCACUACGACCGCCCCACCGUGGCGGCGCGUCCUCUGCCAGAACCGCCCAUCUUUAAAUUCGACGAUAACAACGAGGUCGAGCGGUCGGAAGACGAACGCAGCGACCCCGACCUGGUGAUCGACACGGACAAGUACGACCCGACCGAGCCCACUAACGACGACAGCGCCGAGGAGCCCGAGCUCCCGCCAGAGGGACCGCACGUUGACGUCAAAAGUGCAAAUUCUAACUUUCAGUCGAUCGAUGAAUCCGUCGCCGAGUCCGAGACCGAGGCGGAGGCGGAGGGAGAGACGCACGGGGUGGGGGCGGGGGCCGCGGGGAUGGAGGCCGCCGCCGUGCCCGCCGCCCUGCUGGACGACGCCGUGCGCCAGGUGCUGGCCGAGCACCGCGGGCUGCUGGCCGCGCCGCCGCCCCUCAGCGACGAGGAGGACGACGGCGACUGCCCCAACUUCUCAAUUUACUCGGCCACCAGCGUGCACAUCGCCAACGACGCGGCCGCGGGCGUGCUGCCGGCCGAGAACCCCGCCCCGCGCCCCUCCGACGACCUGCGUGACCUCGUGCAGGAGGACGACGACCUGUCGCCGCCGCCCCCCCUCGAUGCUGUCCCCAAAAAGAAAUCUGAUGAAAUUUACAACGAAAAAGUAUCGAAAAGGUGUCCCAUCACCACCGACACUCGAAGCCCCAUAAAAAUAAAAAUCAACGCUCCCUCGUUGAUAAAGAAGCGUGUGUCUCUCUACGACGAAGAGGAAGAUUCAAUGCCGGCAGAAUCGGGAGCUCCUCCAGAAGACGAGAGUUCACCUUCCAAAAGCGUAGAACCUAACGUGGAAACGGAUAAAAAAUCAGUGGAAACUGUAACACAAAAGAAUUCUUCGGAAGAUAAUAAAGAUAAUGCAGUUUCACAGAUGGCCUCAUCCGACUUGCACAAUAGUGACCUAAAUUCGCACGAGCUCGAUAGCGCCAAGCAAGUGACGGAAGCAGAUGCCUUCCCCGAAGCCUCGUGCGAGCCUGCAGCCGACGGAGGUGAAAACGUAAAAGAUAACCGAACUAUACCGAGCAGUGAUGUGUUGGAGACUGCGCAUAAAUCUGAUCACACGGAGCAGUCCGACUCGGAGACGUCCGAGCCCGGCGACCGCGAGCGACCCGCCUCUGUGUCUCCGCGGGGAGAGGAGCCGCUGGAGAAGAUGACCGAGUCAAUCAGCGAGACGGAGGACGAGCGCAGCUACACGCCCUGUCUCGACGAAAAUAAAUCCAAAGAUACAUCUCUCGAGACAGAAAAAGACAAAGGACUCGAAGGACUCGACACAGAAAUGAUAUCAGAAGACGAAGGGAACGAGAUGUUCUCGGAGGAGGACAAACCGAAGUCCGUCGGCGCGCCCUGCCCGUCCCCCGAGCGACCGCCCGAACGGCUGCGGUCGCCGCCCCUCGACAGCAAGAAGGACGCAAAGGACUCCGAAGGCAAAGGAAGGAAGAAAAAGAAAGACACAAAAAAAGAUGCAAAAGAACGAGUAAAGACCAAAAAGAAAACUGAUGUUGAAUUUAAGAAACUUAGCAAAAACGGUAAGGAACGAAAUUAUAGGGAAAGAGACAAAAACGGAACGCGAGACCGUCGCGAGUCCACUGACUCUGCGGAAAGAGAAAAACGUAAGCGAAAAAGGAAAGAAAAGAGGAAAGAUCUCGAGCGAUAUGACGUCAGAAAUAUUGUUAGUGAAAAGCGAAAGAAACGAAAAGAUCAAUUUGGGCGUGACGUUUCACCUCGAGUUCGAUCACCCUCCCUCUCCCCUCCGCCUCGGCGCUCCCCCUCUCGCGCUCGCCGCUCGCCGUCCCGUCUCCGCCGCACUCCCUCACCGGGGCGAGCGUCGCCGCCGCGAAGGCUCACGUCUCUCUCUCCCGUCGGCCGCCGCAAGAGGUCAAACUCGAGACGGCGUCGAUCGCCUACUCCGAGAAUUCGACGCUCACCGUCUCCGGUUCGUCCUAGCCUUUCACCGGUCCGCAUCCGCCGGUCCCUUUCCCCACACCGCCCCGCCACCCCUCGCGCACUUUCUCCGAGCCCCCGACGGCGGCGGCGAACGUCCACAUCUCGCGGCAAACGAAAUGAGCCGCGUCGACGUCGUUCAACCGAACGUGCCCGGAAACGGCGACGAUCAGUAUCCGGUUCGAGAAGUCCACGCCCCAAAUCCACCAAGAGAAAAAAACGCGCAAGAUCUGAAAGGCCAGCUUCGAAACGACGAUCGCCUCGAAAGAAAUCGCCUAAGCGACGCAGAAUUCGAAAUCGAAGCGCGAGCAGGGUUCCGGCGCCGUCUCCGACACGCGGCUCGCCCUCCCCCGCGCCCCCGGCCGUCUCCGGUGCCCCUGUCGCUCCUGCGCAAUGGACUUCUCCCUCCCGCCUCGCGUCUCCACGCACACCCCCCGCCGCGCCCCGCCGGCGCCGCGACCCCGCUCGCCACCGUCGCCACGCGCGCGAUCCCGGCGGAGCGUCCAAGGAGGUGUUCACGUCCGGCGACAACAUCCUGGUCAGCGUUAGCUUUAAAGAUCAAGACAGAGUCGUCGAUGACGACAAACGGGAGAGACGUCGGGAGCGACGACGUCGCAAACGAAAGACCGCAGCACCUGAGCCCGAAGUCGGUGUGCGACCCGUCGCCAUCAUUGAUUUGGAGCGGUCUCCAUUCCGCGAACUGACGCCGUCCCCGCGCGACGUCAUCGUGCUCAGCGACAGCGACCCCGGGGAGAGGGAACCCGCGCCGGCCCCCGAGGUUGCCGCGCCUGAACCGGUCGGACCGAAGACUCCGCCCGAGCCGACGACCGCCGAGCCAGCGCCAGCCGCAGACCCGGAAGACGGCCGCGGCCCUAACACGCCGCCCGAGCCCCCGGACUCGCCGGACGCGUACGACCCGUACGAGCCCACGAGGUCCGCCUCCGCCUCUCCCUCCCCCGCACCUUCCCCCGCGCCCGCCCUCAGUCCGCCGCGCCCCACCAUCACGCUCGAGGCCGCGCAAAAAACAAACAUGUCCGCCGACGAAGUACUCGACAGAAGACCGCUGUCACCCAUGGAAAAGGUGAUGGCGUUGCUGCAGUCUACUCGAGACGUGUCUCCGGAGCCGCCGCCGUGCGACCCCCUUCCGACCGCCGAAGUGACCCCCGGGCCCCCGCCGGCCGCCGCCCCGCAAGUCCCGGCCGCCGCCCCACCCCGCAUCGUGUUGCCGGAGGCGACGCGGACACAGCCGCCGAAGCUGUUCCUGGCGAAGCCUUCUCCGAUCAAGUCGGAUCCUAUAAAGCCGAUGCCGGCGGCGAAGAUAGCACGCGUCCCCCUGGGCAGCGGUGGGGGGGGUGCGCCGGCGGUGUCCCUGCCGGGGGAGGACUCCCCGUACUCCCCGGGCUCCAGCGACUUCGGGGAGUUGUUCGAGCCGCCCCGCCGCGACAUGUUUGAGGCGCUGCUGGACCGGCCCCGACACAAGUCCCGCUCCAACGCAGCUAAAGUGCCCGUCAAACUCGACCGUCACAAAGGGAAGACUCAAGUAGGUGUGAAAAUAGAUGAAGAUAGUUUGAAGAUACUGGACGAACUCCCCAGCUCUGCGGUCGAGAUGCAGGUCAAGAGUAAAUUCUUGAAGAAGCUCAACAGACAGGAGCGAGUGGUUGAAGAAGUGAAGUUGGUCUUGAAGCCGCACUACAACAGAAAGCGCAUCACUAAAGAAGAGUACAAGGAUGUGCUCCGACGAGCUGUCCCCAAGAUCUGCCACAACAGAACAGGAGAGAUCAACCCCACGAAGAUCCAGGCUCUGAUCGAGGCUUACGUGAGGAAGAUCCGGAAGAAACACAAGCUCGGCCUCGCGUAGCACCCGCGCGUCCGUCUGCCCACGUGUGACGUCACCGUGUCAAUGCUGCUUAUAUCUACGGACUACGGACAAUGUAUUUUACUUAAAAGAAUUUUAUUUAAAUAAAAUUAGAUUUUAAUUAUGUUUGUCGAUUUAUUAUAAUUACAAAUAAUUUUAUAAUA